GAGUGCCGACGAUGUUCUCCGGCUCGUUUAGGACGCGGAGGACACGUUAUUUUCCAUGAACUGGUUCGCGAACGAGGAUAGCGAGCUUUCGGGGGGCGGGUUUAGGGUUUAGUACUCGGAUGCACGACAACUUCUGUUAUUGGCGCAACAAUGGAAGAAGUUGCGGUAAAAAAAGAACAUGAAGGAGAAUCGGAGACCCCUUGUAUUACAGCAAGACAAUUGGAAGAAGCAGUUGACGCUUAUCCAGAUGAUCCCUCAUCCCAUUUCAAACUCGGGAUUUUCAUGUGGGAAAAUGGAGGAAGCCACGAUAAGGCGGCUGCCGCGGAUCAUUUUCUGAAAUCAGCGAAAUUAGAUCCUAGGAAUGCUGCCGCUUUCAAAUAUCUCGGGCAUUAUUACGCCACAUUUUCUGUCGAUAUUGAAAGGGCUCUCAAGUGCUACCAAAGAGCUGUCAGUCUCGAUGUCGACGAUUUCCAUUCUGGAGAAGCCUUGUGCGAUCUGUUGCAUCACGAAGGAAAGGAGAGUUUAGAGAUUGCUGUAUGCAAAGAGGCUUCCUCUGAGUCACCCAGGGCCUUCUGGGCUUUCCGGAGGUUGGGCUAUUUGCAGGUUUAUCAAAAGAAAUGGACUGAAGCUGUCUUAAGUCUUCAGCAUGCAAUUCGAGGAUAUCCUCAUUGUGCUGAUUUAUGGGAAGCCCUGGGUCUUGCAUAUCAGCGACUUGGCAGGUUUACUGCUGCAAUUAAGUCUUAUGCACGGGCGAUUGAAAUUGAAGGAGAUAGAAUUCUCGCUUGGGUUGAGAGUGGAAACAUCUUCUUGAUGCUUGGUUUGUUCAAAAAGGGAGUUGAACACUUUCAGCAAGCUCUAGAGAAAUCACCUAAAAGUAUUACUGCACAAUUUGGGCUCUCCUCAGGGCUUCUUGGUUUGGCAAAGGAGUACAUUAAUAGGGGGGCAUUUAAAUGGGCAUCCUUCCUAUUAGAGGAAGCAUCUAAAGUUGCAAAAGGAAGUACUCAUUUAGCUGGAAACUCAUCGUGUAUCUGGAAGUUGCUUGGAGAUAUUCAGAGUUCUUAUGAACACCCCUACCUUUUAAGGGCUACAGUUCCCGAUUCCCACCAAUGCGUUCGAAGGCUCAAGCAUACGUAUGCGAAAUGUUAUCCAUGGAUGGAAGAGGACUGGGAACAAUGCUCAGAAUCCUUUAGAACUUCUAUCCUUGCCUGGAAGCAGACCCGCUGUUUGGCUUUAUUUUCUGCCAAAUGUUCCUAUCAGCAAGCUCUGCACUUGGCUCCGUGGGAAGCUAACAUUUACACAGAUAUUGCUAUUACUUUAGAUAUUAUUUCAUCUUUGAAUGAUGAUUCUGGGUCUGGAUUCAAUUCCUGGCAGAUAUCUGAAAAGAUGACAUUAGGGGCCUUGAUGCUCGAGGGUGACAAUCAUGAAUUUUGGGUGGCAAUGGGAUGCAUCUCUAACCAUGAUGCGUUAAAGCAACAUGCUUUUAUUAGGGCAUUGCAGUUAGAUGGAUCUCUAGCUGGAGCCUGGGCUUAUCUAGGGAAGUUAUACUGGAAUAGGGGCGAGAAGCAAUUGGCAAGACAGGCUUUUGAUUAUGCCAGAAGUAUAGACCCUUCUCUAGCGUUACCCUGGGCUGGCAUGUCGGCUGAUUUGAACAUUAGGGAGUCCACAUCGGAUGAAGCAUUUGAGAGCUGUUUAAGAGCUGCACAAAUACUACCCGUGGCGGAAUUCCAAAUUGGUCUUGCCAAGCUUUCUUUGCAGGCAGGCCAUCUUUCAUCUCCACAGGUGUUUGGAGCCAUACGUCAGGCCGUUCAACUUGCCCCUUGUUACCCUGAAUCCUAUAAUCUAAAUGGACUAGCUUUUGAGGCACAAUUAGAUUAUCAGUCUGCUGUUGCUGCUUAUCGUUUAGCAUACCUCACAAUUAGCCAUUUCUCAGAUAGAGUUCCAAGGUCUCAUGUCAGAGACAUAUCGAUCAACUUAGCCAGAUCACUGUGCAUGGUAGGAAAUUUCUUUGAAGCUUUGCAGGAAUGUGAAAAUUUGAGUAAAGAAGGCAUGCUCGACAUUGAAGGUUUGCAGGUUUAUGCUUUCUCUCUGUGGAAACUAGGAAAGAAUGACCAGGCCCUUAGCACUGUGAGAACACUUGCUUCUGGCAUUUCUACCAUGGAAAGCACACGUGCUGCUGCUUCUGUUGGUUUCAUAUGCAGACUGUUGUGUUCAAUAUCUGGAUUGGAUUCCGCAAUUAACAGUAUCAUGAAGAUGCCAACCAAUUUUUUCCAGAGUUCAAAAAUGAGCUUUGUAGUGGCUGCUGUCCAUGCCCUUGAUCGUUGUGAUCGGCUUGAGUCCAUUGUUUUAAGCAGCCGUUCCAGUCUCCAAUCUCAUGAAGAUAUUACUAGAAUGCACGUUUUGAUUGCUCUUUCUAAGCUGAUCAAAUAUCAAACAAAUAACUGCCUGGGAUUCCUCAAUGGAGUGAUGCAUCUUAGAAAAGCUCUCCAUGCAUACCCCAACAGUAGUUUGAUCAGGAACUUGCUUGGUUAUCUUUUGCUAUCCAACAAAGAAAGGGAUGACAUUCACACAGCUACUAGGUGCUGCAACAUGGUUUAUGGUUUUGACCAACAGAACAAAGGUCUGAAAUCUGCAUAUGAAAUUCAUGGUGCUGGAGCUGUGGCCUGCUAUACAAUUGGCACGAGUGAUCCGAGGUUUUCUUUCCCAACGUGUUCAUACCAGUGCCAGAGUGGGAUUGGGACCAUCCGACAACUUCAGAAAUGCUUACGUCAAGAACCAUGGAAUUAUGAUGCUCGAUAUCUUCUUAUACUAAACAUUCUGCAGAAGGCACGUGAAGAAAGAUUUCCCUGUCAUCUACGCGUAACUAUUGAGCGGCUAAUCUUGGUUGCCUUCUCUAAUGAACUGUAUUUUAAGAAAGAUACAUCUCAUCAAUAUAAGAAGUUUCAGCUUCUACUUUGUGCGUCUGAGAUCAGUUUGCAAGGCGGUGGCCAAAUUAAAUGCAUCAACUAUGCCAAAGCUGCUUCCUCUAUUUCACUUCCUGAAAUAUAUCUUUUUUAUGCACACUUGUUACUUUGCCGAGCCUAUGCUGCAGAAAAUGAUUCUAACAACCUCCGUAAAGAGUUCAUGAAAUGUGUGGAUUUAAAGACAGAUAACUAUCUUGGAUGGGCAUGUCUUAAAUUUAUUGCAUAUGGAUAUGAACUUCAUGAUGAAUCCAGUCUCUUAGAACACAGUUUUAAGAAAUGCUCGGUAGAGAGCAAGAAUCUGCAGCACAUGCGAAUACCCACAUUUACUCUGGUCGAUGGUUUGAUAUCUUUUAGGAGCCAGGAUUUUGUGGCUGCUGAGAAGUAUUUUGCACAAGCUUGUUCUUUCGGACAUGACGAUGGCUGUCUCCUCCUCUGUCAUGGUGUAACCUGCAUGGAACUUGCAAAGCAGCUUUGCAGUUCUCAUUUCUUGAGGCUGGCUGUGGACAGUCUCCUUAAAGCCCAAGUAAUUUCUGUUGUUCCAAUACCAAUUGUCUCUAUCACACUGGCACAAGCAGAAGGGAGUCUUGGUUUGAAAGAAAAUUGGGAGUCGGGCCUUCGUUUUGAAUGGUUCUCAUGGCCACCAGAUAUGAGGUCUGCGGAGCUCUUGUUUCAAAUGCAUCUGCUUGCAAAACAGUCAAAAGUUGGUUCUGAUCAAUCGAGGGUUGAGUUAUGUCAGUCUCCCCUGAGAUGGGUUCUUCGCGCAAUUCAUGUAAACCCUUCUUGUAUGAGAUAUUGGAAGGUGCUGCAAAGCUUGUGGAAUGAGGGCUGAAUUUUCCAGGUCAGACUAGACGAAAUGGAUAGUGGUCGGAAUUCUCUCUGCAAUCAGCCUGAUUCAGUCUCCAAGUUCCUAUGGUUUAAUGUCAGCUUGUUUUCUCCUGCAUCCUAAGCGACAUUUGAAUCUUCAUUCGUAUGUAUUCAAGUUUCACCAUUUGAUCUUUUGUGUUAAUUGUUAAUUUUAAUGUUUGUGAAACCGUUGGGAUUUAAGUUAUUCUGUAAGAAACUGGCCAUCAUGUAGAAGUUAUAAGAUUGGAGCUAAAAUUUAGUAAAAGAUAAUUGUACAAGUUUCAGUGAAAAA